UGGAUGAGUCUUCCUUGGGGUAUCUACUAUCUAUCUUUUAAUUUCAGCCUCUAAUUUAGCCAACACCCUUUAUCCACAAGGGAGAAAAAUGAAAACAGCUACAAGAAGAAGAAGAAACAGAAAAUCUAGCUGAACAAGUCGAAAGUGUGAGAUGAGUUGUAAGAACUUCCUUUUAUACACAACCUGGUUCAUUGUAUUUAUAAACCCUUCAGUCGAAUGGCCUGAGUCCAACUCGAUCCCCACACCAACACCAACACCAUGGCCCGAACAAUUCCAUGCACUUCUUUGCAUGAAAUUAUACUCCGGGGUUCACCAGAUCACUGAUCUCUGGUACGACUGGCCAAAAGGUCGCAAUGUAAAUCUGCAGCAGAAGCAGCUUGGGGUUUAUAUGUACGAUGUAGAGUGGAACAAUGGAACCUCCUUUUACUACACAAAGGGCAUCAAUGGAACAUGCCAGACCAUUGAAUUUGGAGUUGGGAUUCCUAGGCCUGAUUUCCUCGAUGGAGCUAACUAUUUGGGGACACAAGUCAAGGAUGGGUUCCUUUGUAAUGUGUGGGAGAAAGUAGAUUUUAUUUGGUACUAUGAAGAUGUUGCUACUAAGAGGCCUGUUCGAUGGGAUUUCUAUGAUGGAAUAAUUACACACGUGAUGACAUUUGAAGCUGGUGCAACACUGCCAGAUUUAGUGGUUCAAGCACCUCAUUAUUGUUUCACUGCCAAGCCCAAAAGGGAAGAUGUGUAAAUUUUGCAUCCCAGAACUCGAUUCAGUAAUUGAUAUGUAUAUAUGACUUUAUCCGAUAUCUUGAGAAUAGGGUUUGAAUUUCUUGCUCAAAAUUAUACGUACAAUUAAAUUGUGUGAACUAAAUCACUAAUGAUAGUCUGUCUAUCAAUCAAGAAAAUUCAUGUCUUUGCACCGUUCGUAUUUA